AAAAACACUGAAUUAUUUCAGUGGCGAUGAUUUUAACAAAACGACAGCAAAGUUGGUCUUAAAGAAGAAAGGAUUGUCUCUUCUGAUUGGCGCGACUAGGAUUUACUUUCCCACUUUUCUCCAACGUUCCACGCCCUCAUUUCGCGCGUGUAAAUUUUGUCAAAACCUCCACUCGGAAACCCCUCAAAACUCUCCCUCACUCGCCUCCGCAGCGCGUCGGCGUCCGCAACCCGACCCUCGCUCUAAGCUUCGUCGAAAGCAGCAUCGCCGAGAAAACAAGGAACACGAUAGAGACAAAGAGGUAGUGUGUUUGGUUUUGAUUGGCUUAUGAGAGUUUAGACUGAGUAAGAGAGAGAGAAAAGAGUCGCAGUUAACGAACGAACAAAAAGCCCAAUCAAUCAGCCUCCUCCUGUUCUGACAACCCAAAACAAUGGCCGAGUUGACUCAGGGCGAGGUGGUCUACUCGCCCAAAACUCUCCAAGUAUGGCGAGCCUUGGUGAACUGGUUCGGCUUCUUCUUCCAGAUCUUCCUCCAAAUCCUCAGAGCCCUCGGCCACCACCCCCUCCUCUCUUCUUCGUCUUCGGCUUCGUCUUCUUCCGCCUCCUUCAAAUCCCUGCCGGUCGUCGAGUUGCCGGAGCUCGAGCACGACUCUCCCGCCGCCUCCGCCGUUGAAAUCGCCGACACCCCAGAUGCCGACUCCGACGACCGCAUCCACAAGCUCACGGUAGUUCUUGACCUGGAUGAAACUCUAGUGUGUGCAUAUGAGUCGUCUAGCUUGCCUGCUGUCGUUCGAGAUCAAGCUACAGAAGGUGGGUUGAAGUGGUUUGAGCUUGAAUGCCUAUCUUCAGACAAGGAAUGUGAUGGGAAACCAAAGGUCAAUUAUGUUACUGUCUUUGAGCGUCCCGGGUUGCAAGACUUCUUAAGACAAGUCAGUCAGUUUGCAGAGCUGGUGUUGUUUACUGCUGGUCUUGAAGGUUAUGCUAGACCACUUGUUGACAGAAUAGAUGUUGAUAAUCUAUUCAGUUGUCGACUUUAUCGGCCUUCAACAACCAGCAC